UUGAUUUAAACCAGCUGUUUGUGACGCAACUGCGCAAGAGCUGGCACAUGUAAGAACUGACGUGGAUUUUAACCACAAAACAAGUCGCAAAAACUCAUCAAUUCCCAACUACCCAACUUAAAUGUAUCGUGAUUAAGUUUAAACCAACACAGAAAAAAUGAGGCUCAUUUUUGCAAUUUUAUCAACGCUGCUGGCUCUAGCCACGGUGUGCGAAAGCCUGGCCGUCAUGUCGGUCGAUUUGGGCUCCGAAUGGAUGAAAAUCGGGAUAGUUUCGCCCGGAGUCCCGAUGGAAAUAGCCCUGAACAAGGAAUCGAAGCGCAAAAGUCCAGCCGUGAUCAGUUUUCGGGACAACGUGCGCUCUUUCGGCGAGGAAGCCCAGACUAUAGGCACGCGCUUCCCCAAAAACGCCUACAUGUAUUUGCUCGACUUGCUGGGGAAAAGCAUCAAUCACCCGCUGGUUAAGCUGUACAAGGAGCGCUUCCCGUAUUACGAAAUUGUCGAAGACCCGGAACGUAACACGAUUCUGUUCAAACACGACGAUAACGUCUUUUACAGUCCGGAGGAGUUGAUCGCACAAUUGUUGGGCAAAGCCAAGGAGUUUGCCGAACAAGGGGCCCGCCAGCCGAUCAAAGAGUGCGUGCUCACAGUCCCGGGCUAUUUCAACCAAAUCGAGCGAAAAUCCCUGCUCCAAGCCGCCAACUUGGCCGGUCUUAAAGUCCUCCAACUGAUCAACGACUACACAGCUGUGGCACUCAACUACGGCAUUUUCCGCAGUAAAGACUUCAAUGAGACGGCGCAAUACGUCAUGUUUUACGACAUGGGGGCCACUUCAACCACUGCCACGCUAGUCAGCUACCAAACGGUCAAAACCAAAGACAAGGGUUUCGUUGAAACGCACCCACAAUUAUCGGUGAUUGGGGUGGGGUUUGACCGAACACUUGGCGGUCUUGAAAUACAGUUACGGUUACGCGACCAUUUGGCACGCAAAUUUAACGAAAUGAAAAAAACCAAAAAUGAUGUUUUUGCAAACGCGAGAUCCAUGGCUAAGUUAUUUAAGGAAGCCGGUCGGGUGAAAAACAUCCUGUCGGCUAACGCCGAACAUUACGCGCAAAUCGAGGGUUUGUUGGAUGAGGAGGAUUUUAAAGUUUUGGUGACGCGUGACGAGCUUGAACAGUUGGCUGGGGAUUUAUUUGAGCGGGUUGGAAGACCGGUCGAGUUGGCCUUGCAAAGUGCACACUUGACUAAAGAUAUAAUCGGGCAAGUUGUGCUAGUAGGCGCCGGAACACGGGUACCUAAAGUACAGGAAAAACUGCAAGGGGUAGUAGGCCAGGACUUGGCCAAAAAUUUGAAUACUGAUGAAGCCGCCACCAUGGGGGCGGUUUACAAAGCGGCAGAUUUAAGUACCGGCUUUCAAGUCAAGAAAUUUUUGACCCGCGAUGCGGUACUUUACCCGAUUCAGGUGGUUUUCGAGCGGGAAACCCCCGAAGGUGUCAAACAGGUCAAACGGACGUUGUUCAGUUUAAUGAACCCCUAUCCACAGAAGAAAAUCAUCACGUUUAAUAAAUACAAUGAUGAUUUUAACUUCGAAGUGAAUUACGCCGAUUUGGAUUAUUUGCCGCCCAAUGAAAUUGCAAAUGUUGGUCAAGUCAACUUGACUGAAGUUAGUCUGGUCGGAGUGGCCGAAGCGUUGAAGAAAAAUAGCGGGGAAAAUGUUGAAACGAAAGGGAUUAAGGCACAUUUCUCGAUGGACGAGUCGGGGAUUCUAAAUUUGGUGAAUGUGGAGUUGGUUGUUGAAAAAACCGUGAGUGAGACGGAUGAAGAAGGGACGUUUUCGAAGCUAGGUAACACUAUCAGUAAGUUGUUUGGAGGUGAGGAAAAAACUGAAACGGGGGAAGAACCGGUUAAAAAUGACACAGAACCGCAGAAAAACACCACGGUGCCAAAACCAGAAAUCAAACCGAAAGUAAUCACAGUCAAGGAGCCAAUCACAACCAAGCAAAAACCCCUAACUAUUACUCCACUCUCUAAAAAACAAUUCGAUGAUUCGCUUGAGAAACUCUCAAAGUUGGAUAAGGUCGAGAAGGAGUUGAAUCGGCGAGCGACGGCGUUAAACAACUUGGAGAGUUUUGUAAUUGAAGUGCAAAAUAAACUCGACGAGGACGAUUUUGUAGCUUCGGCUAGUCAAGACGAAGUCGAGACGAUUCGAAAAUCGUGUUCGGAGGUUUCCGAUUGGUUGUAUGAAGAUGGUUCGGAUGCGGAUGCAGAUACAUAUGAGAAAAAACUGGACGGUUUGAAAACCCUAACUAGUGAUUUGUUUAAACGCGUUUGGGAACAUAACGAACGUCCCGAAGCUUUAAAUGCGUUAAAUACAAUGUUGAAUCAAUCGAGUCAGUUUCUCACCGUUGCGAAAAAUCUGACUAAGAGUACGAAUCCAGAACGUGAUGUUUUUACCGAUGGUGAAGUUGAAGCUUUGGAGAAGAUAAUUAAGGAGACGGAAGAGUGGAAAAGUAAAAUGAUUGAAGAACAGAAUAAAUUGAAAAAGUAUGAAAGUGUGAAAUUGACGGUUAAGUCAAUUACGGAAAAGAUGGGGGCGAUUGAUCGCGAAGUGAAAUAUUUAGUUAAUAAACAUAGGCUCUGGAGGCCGAAGAAAGUCGAGAAGAAGGAGGAGAGUAAGCAAGAGGAGACAGUUGAGGCUCCGGGGAAUACCACAACGGAAAGUGCACCAGAAGAUAUCAAACCAACAGAGAGUGAGAAAGAUACACAUACUGAACUUUAGAACAAUUUGUAUAAUUUGUGUGAUACAGACACUUUUUUGUAUUUUGUUACGAGAUUCAUUCCAGAGGGUGGUUUAAUUUAUUGUAGAAAAUUCAAAUAUAUUAAUUUAUUUA